AUGGGCUGCUGCUCGGCGCGAUGCGUGCUGGUCCUCCUGUGUUGUCUGCAGUUGGUCACUGCGCUGGAGCGGCAGGUGUUUGACUUCCUCGGCUACCAGUGGGCUCCCAUCAUGAUCAACUUCUUCCACAUCAUCAUGGUCAUCCUCGGCCUGUUUGGGGUCAUCCAGUACAAAACACGCUACGUUAUUAUGUACCUGCUGUGGACGCUGUUGUGGGUCGGCUGGAAUGUCUUUGUCAGCUGUCUCUACCUGGAUUUGGGACGCCUCUCGAAGGACAGUGAUAUCCUCUCUCUGGGAGUAUCGUCACAUCGCUCAUGGUGGAAGGACAACGGGCCGGGCUGCGAGAGCGACGGCCUUCCCUCCGCUGGGUGGCAGAACCAGAAGAACCCGGAGCUGACCACAGUGCUGAGCUGCUGGUUGGAGUACCAGUACAUCGAAAUCCUGCACUGCGUCGUCCAGCUGCUGAUCUCACUCCCAGGAUUUGUUUAUGCCUGUUACAUCGUCAGCACUUUCUCAGACGAGGAAGACAGCUUUAAUUUUAUGGGUGAAUUUCAUCAUCCAUCCAAACCCUCUCAGUUGCUCUUCUAG